AUCUUUCAGGAUUCCCAAAACCAAAGACAAUCUCUGUACAGGAUCUGAAUUUAUAACCUUUUGCAUGAUAACUUUCCUGCAAUGUAGGGAAUUUAAAACUUGUAGUGUUUUUGAGAUGAAUAUAAAAAGGUUGUUGAAGUCUGUAAUACAGAUCACUUCCUCUUCAACAGCGUCAGAAAAUAUGUGAUUUCCUCAUGAAAUGGUAAAUAAGUGUGUAGCUUAACGCAGUUACAAAAUGGCUGUAGAAACUGUGGCACAGAUUUGUCAGCAACAACUAGAAGUGGGAUCAAUGUGUUGAUUUGAAGGGAAGACGGGCAGACUGGGGUCAGUGCUCUAAAAUGAGUCUCUCUGGAGAGAGAGAGGAGGGGGGCCCUGCCUCUAAAAUGAGUCUCUCUGGGGGACAUGACACCGAAGAUAAGAGCCCAAUCAAGCAGGAGAGACCAGCCUCCCCUGUUCCCAGCUGUGUGUCCAUGAAGAGUGACUGGUCUAUGCAUCAACCUAUAGAGUUUAGAGAGGGAGACUUUUCUACUGAACAAAGGUACAAGGACAACGUAGCGCGUCCUGUGAACACGUCAGGGUUCCAUGGCCGCAGGCAGACCAGCAGAACCUGGACCAGCAGCACUACAAGACCAAUCAAGCAGGAGAGACCAGCCUCCCCUGUUCCCAGCUGUGUGUCCAUGAAGAGUGACUGGUCUAUGCAUCAACCUAUAGAGUUUAGAGAGGGAGACUUUUCUACUGAACAAAGGUACAAGGACAACGUAGCACGUCCUGUGAACACGUCAGGGUUCCAUGGCCGCAGGCAGACCAGCAGAACCUGGACCAGAAGCACAACAAGAACUAAACAGGAGAGGUCAGAGUCAGAGAUUCUCAGUGAUCAGUCUUCCCAGAGUCAUCAAACAGACCUGGACUCCAUAUUCAGUUUGCUUGAAGAGAAUAUUAUGACAUUUGUGAAGAACGAGCUGAAGAUGUUCAAGAGGAUUCUUAGUCCAGAACUCCCAGAAGGCUUUGAGAGUCAGAAGCAGGAUGAGGAAGUGGUGGAUUCUGAAGAUGAGAAGCAGGAGAGCAGUGCCAGAGAGGGGGCUCUGAAGAUCACACUGCACGUCCUGAGGAAAAUGAACCAGAAGGAGCUUGCUGACACACUGGAGAAAAAUGAGCUUGCUGUGAUUUGCCAACGUGAACUCAAAUCUAAUCUAAAGAAGAAGUUUCAAUGUGUAUUUGAGGGGAUCGCUAAACAAGGAAACCCAACACUUCUCAAUAAGAUCUACACAGAGCUCUACAUCACAGAGGGUGGAACAGGAGAGGUCAAUAAUGAACAUGAGCUGAGACAGAUUGAGACAACAACCAGGAAACAAGCAAGACCAGAGACUGCAAUCAAAUGUAAUGACAUCUUCAAACCCUUAACUGGACAAGACAAACUUAUCAGAACUGUGCUGACAAAGGGAGUCGCUGGCAUUGGAAAAACAGUCUCUGUGCAGAAGUUCAUUCUGGACUGGGCUGAAGGAAAAGCAAAUCAGGAUGUCCAAUUUGUAUUUUCAUUCCCUUUCCGGGAGCUGAAUUUGAUGAAAGGGGACAAACACACUUUGAUUGAACUUCUCAAUCACUUUUCAAUGGAAACCAAACAAUCAAGAAUCUCCAACUACGACAAGUACAAAGUUCUGUUCAUCUUUGAUGGUCUGGAUGAGUGUCGACUGCCCCUAGACUUCAAGAAUAACAAGAUCUGUUGGGAUGUCACAGAGUCAACCUCCAUUGAUUUUCUGCUGACAAAUCUCAUCAAGGGAAAUCUGCUUCCCUCUGCUCUCCUCUGGAUAACUACUCGACCAGCAGCAGCCAAUAAGAUCCCUUCAGGGUGUGUUGACCAGGUGACAGAGGUACGAGGGUUCAAUGAUCCACAGAAGGAGGAGUACUUCAGGAAGAGAUUCAGUGAUGAGGAUCUGGCCAGCAGAAUCAUCUCACACAUAAAGACAUCAAGGAGCCUCCACAUCAUGUGCCACAUUCCAGUCUUCUGUUGGAUUUCUGCAACAGUCCUUGAACACAUGCUGAAACAUAAGAGAGAAGAGAUGCCCAAGACUCUGACUGAGAUGUACACACACCUUGUGGUGUUUCACACCAAACAGAAGAAUGAAAAGUAUCUUGGGAAUGAAGAGACAGGUCCACACUGGAAUAAAGAGAGCAUUCUGUCACUGGGAAAACUGGCUUUUCAACAGCUUGUGAAGGGCAAUCAGAUUUUCUAUGAAGAAGAUCUGAAAGAGGCUGGCAUUGAUGUCAAUGAAGCCUCAGUGUACUCAGGAUUGUGCACACAGCUCUUUAAAGAGGAAUGUGGGCUGUACCAGGACAAGGUGUACUGCUUUGUUCAUCUGAGCAUUCAGGAGUUUCUGGCUGCUGUAUAUGUGUUCCUCUCAUUCAUCGACAACAAUGAGAAUCUAAUGGCCAAACUUCAUUCAACAUACAGCAAAGUUUCUUUCAGAAAUGAGCCUGAAGUUACUGUCUACAAGAGCGCUGUGCAUAAAGCCUUACAAAGUGAGACGGGAAACCUGGACCUUUUCCUCCGCUUCCUUCUGGGCCUCUCACUGGAGUCCAAUCAGAAGCACUUACGAGGUCUACUGACAAAGACAAGAAGCAGCUCACAGAGUCAUGAAGAAACAGUCAAGUACAUCAAGAAGAAGAUCAGGGAGAAUCCCUCUCCAGAGAGGAGCAUCAAUCUGUUCCACUGUCUGAAUGAACUGAAUGACCAUUCUCUAGUGGAGGAGAUCCAAAUCUACCUGAGAUCAGGAAGUCUCUCAGAAGCCAACCUGUCACCUGCACAGUGGUCAGCUCUGGUCUUUGUGUUGCUGACUUCAGAAAAGGAGCUGGAUGUGUUUGACCUGAAGAAAUACUCCAGAUCAGAGGAAGGUCUUCUGAGGCUGCUGCCAGUGGUCAAAGCCUCCAGAGCUGUUCUGCUGUCAGGCUGUGGAGUCACAGAGGAAGGCUGUGCUUCUCUGGUCUCAGCUCUGAGGUCAAACCCCUCACACCUGAGAGAGCUGGAUCUGAGUAACAAUGACCUGAAGGAUUCAGGAGUGAAGCUGCUCUCUUCUGGACUGGAGAAUCCCCACUGUAAACUGGAGACUCUGAGGCUGUCAGGCUGUCUAGUCACAGAGGAAGGCUGUGCUUCUCUGGUCUCAGCUCUGAGGUCAAACCCCUCACACCUGAGAGAGCUGGAUCUGAGCUACAAUCACCCAGGAGACUCAGGAGUCAGACUGCUCUCUGCUGGACUGGAGGAUCCACACUGCAGACUGGAGAAACUCAAUGUGGAACAUGGUGGAGAGAACACAAUGAAACCUGGGCUUAGAAAAUAUGUCUGUGAUCUCACACUGGACCUAAACACAGUAAACAGACUCCUCUCUCUGUCUGAGGAGAACAGAAAGGUGACAUGGAGGAGAGAGGAGCAGCCGUAUCCUGAUCACCCAGAGAGAUUUGAGGACUAUAGACAGGCGCUGUGUAGAGAGGGUCUGACUGGGCGCUGUUACUGGGAGGUAGAGUGGAGUGGGAGAAGGGCUGAUGUAGGAGUGACAUAUAAAGGAAUAAGAAGGAGAGGAGAGGGUGAAGACUGUUAUCUUGGAUGGAAUGACAAGUCCUGGAGUCUGUUCUGCUCUGACAACCGUUACUAUGCAUGUCACAAUAAUGAUCGCAUUACCAUAGACGUCCCCUCCUCCAACUCCCACAGAGUAGGAGUGUAUCUGGACUGGCCAGCCGGCACUCUGUCCUUCUAUAGAGCCUCCUCUGACACACUGACCCACCUGAUCACAUUCACCUCCACAUUCACUGAGCCCCUCUAUCCAGGGUUUAGGGUUUAUGAAGACUCCUCAGUGUCCCUGAAAUAAUAACCUGACACAAACACAUUGAACACACACACACACUGAGCCCCUCUAUCCAGGGAACACACUCACAUUGCACACACACACACAAAAACAGGCACUGGACACUCACACACACACUCACACACUGGACACACACACACACAAACACACACACACACUGGAUGCACACACGGACACCCACACACACACACUGGACACACACACACUGGACACACACACACACAAACACACACUGGACGCACACACGGACACCCACACACACUGGGCACACACACACACACACACACACACUGGGCACACACACACACACACACACUGGACACACACACACACACACACACACACACACGCUGGACACACACGACAUACACACACACACACACACGCUGGACACACACACAGAACACACACACAUACUGGACGCACACACGGACACCCACACACACACUGGAAACACACACACACACUGGACACACACACACACUGGACACACACACACGCUGGACACACACACACACACACUGGACACACAAACAUAGAUACAACACAGAUACACUGGACACACAAAACAUACACACAACACAGAUACACUGGACACACAAAACAUACACACACAUAUUCAAACACACUGCACAAACACACAGACACACACAUGACAUAAACACACACACAUACUGGAUGCACACACACACACACACACACACACUGGACACACACACUGGACACACACACACACAAACUGGACACGCACACACACACACACUGGACACACACACACACACACACACUGGACACACACACAAACUGGACACACCCACACACACUGGACACACACACACACAUGACAUAAACACACACACACUCUGGACACACACACACACACACAAAACACAUACUGGACACACACACACACACACACAGUGGACACACACACAGGAAACACACACACACAGGGCACACACACACACACACAGGAAACACAUACACACUGGACAGACACACACACACACACUGGACAAACACACACACACACACAGUGGACACACACACAGGAAACACACACACAC